AUGUCCACAUCCGCCCGUCGUCGUCUUAUGCGUGACUUCAAGCGCAUGCAAACCGAUCCUCCCGCCGGUGUUUCCGCUUCACCUGUUGCUGAUAAUGUCAUGACAUGGAAUGCCGUCAUAAUUGGCCCCGCAGACACGCCAUUUGAAGAUGGUACCUUUCGCUUGGUGAUGAAUUUUGAGGAGCAAUACCCGAACAAGCCGCCUGGAGUGAAAUUCAUUAGUCAAAUGUUCCAUCCUAAUGUUUACGGCACUGGAGAACUCUGCUUGGAUAUUCUCCAAAACCGCUGGAGCCCGACUUACGAUGUGGCGGCUAUCCUGACAAGCAUUCAAAGUUUACUCAAUGACCCUAACACCUCCUCCCCCGCCAACGUUGAGGCUUCCAACCUUUACAAGGACAAUCGCAAAGAAUAUAUUAAACGUGUCCGAGAGACUGUGGAAAAGAGCUGGGAGGACUAA